UUGCGAUGGGAAAUCGUUGCAGGAUAUUUUGGAAAUUUUCCUCUUCAGCAAAUCAGUGCAGUUGUGCAAUUACCUUUGCAACAAGCUAGUUGAGUGCAGAAAAAUAGUGAGAUUGAAAAAAUGUAGCUGCAAAAGUGAAGUUUUUUUUUGUAAUAAGAAUACCUACACAUAUUCGAAAAGCAUUUAAUAUAGUCAAAUUGGCAAAAAAGAAAAACGAAAUUGUGCUUCUAAUGUGAAUUGAUGGAGCAAGUCAAAGGAGGCCAGAAUGUUUGUAAUGAACUGGUACAACAAUCUCAGUAAUCGCAGCUUGGCGAUAACGUUGCUCAUUUGCAUAUCCUUAAUAUAUGUAUCAUAUACAUUUAAUUCGUGCCUAUUGACGAGCAUCAGUCGUACAUUUCAAAAGAAUCCGCUACGCAGCCUAUUAUUUUCUGCAGAUGCUUUAGCUGACGCCUCGAUUGCUGCAAGCGCUGCUAAACUUCACGCGCCCAACGAGAUGGGCAGCGCCACCGCAAGCGCUAAUGCCAGCUUGUCAACGAAGCACACGCCGGAAGCGUUAAACUUAAUAAAUCGCAGCUCUUCCGCUGUGCGGCGUAUUGUGCCACUAAGUGGCGCAAGCAGCAGCAGUAGUAGCAACAACAGCGCCAACAACAUAGCCGGCACUGCACCGCGGGAGGCUGCUGAUGGUUCGCCCAAAUAUCGUUUCCUACGCCAACAAGGCCUACAUCCGUCGCGUCAUCUACCCGACACGCUCAUCAUUGGCGUUAAGAAGAGCGGCACUCGCGCGCUACUCGAAUUCAUACGCCUACAUCCGGAUGUGCGCGCCGCCGGCUGUGAGGUGCACUUCUUUGACCGCCAUUAUCAGCGUGGAUUGCGUUGGUAUCGUCACCAUAUGCCGUACACCAUUGAGGGUCAAAUAACAAUGGAGAAGACACCAAGCUAUUUUGUGACGAAAGAAGUACCGCAGCGAGUGCAUCAAAUGAACGCUGCAACAAAACUGCUCAUUGUGGUGCGUGAUCCUGUUACACGAGCCAUAUCCGACUACACGCAAGCGGCCAGCAAGAAAUCGGAUAUGAAACGUUUUGAAGACUUAGCCUUCGUCAAUGGCUCAUUUGCUGUGGUUGACACCGCCUGGGGACCGGUUAAAAUUGGAGUUUAUUCUCGUUAUCUGGAAAAAUGGUUGAAAUAUUUUCCCCUCUCACAACUUCUAUUCAUCAGCGGCGAACGUCUUAUCAUGGAUCCGGCGUACGAGAUUGGACGUGUACAAGAUUUUUUAGGUCUCAAACGUGUAGUGACUGAGAAACAUUUUUACUUUAAUGCCACCAAAGGUUUUCCAUGUCUAUUCAAAUCGGAAGCGCGUUCAACGCCACAUUGUUUGGGCAAAACGAAAGGACGCAAUCAUCCACAUAUCGAAGAAGCUGCCAUUGAACGUUUACGUGAGUUUUAUCGACCGUUCAACAAUAAAUUUUAUCAAAUGACUGGCAUAAAUUUUGCAUGGCCCUAAGGGUAGUAAGUACACAAAUAUGUAUGGAUGGAUGUAUGAGCAUAAGUAACUAUUUAAGGAAAUAAGAAGUUUUGUUGAAGCUUUAAAAGCUUAACAAAAAAUCAAAUUUACGAUAAUCGGAAAUCUACGAUAUAUGUAUUGCAUAUUUAUGUACUGUAACAGCUGAAGUUGUUACAUAUGUAUAUGUAUGUAUGUAAAUGCAUGGUUACAGAAGUGGUAAAGCGCUAGAUUUAGCGUGCGCCUGGAAAACGCACAAUUUUUUUUGCUUCGAAACUUUAUAAACGAACUUUGCAAUAUCCUAGUUUACAAUUACGAUAUACAAACAUAAAUGCAUAAAGGCAUAUAAAUAGAUAAGUUACUUAAUACUUAAGUGUUUGAUACGCGCUGAAACAUCAGUAAUUUCCAUAUACUCGAAGAUAAAUACAUACAUACACACAUGCGUAAAUACAUAUAUUAAAUACUACAUAACGCGCACAACUGUUGUGUAUAAGGAGUUAUUACUGUUAUUUAGGUUCAUUAACUGUACAAAUAUCUGCAACAUGUUAUUGGGGCGGUGAUAAAGUAAUGCAAAAUAAGUAGAAGAAAUCAAUAGACAAAUCCCGAAUAUUUAGAAAUUAGCAUGAAACUUUUAUCUGUAUCGUAUUGCAAGUAUGCAUGUAUGUAUGUUGACCAACACGUCUGCAUUCAAAUCGAUCUAACAUUACAUUUCAUUCGAAAUAUGUACACCCCGCUUCACUUAAAUAGCUCCUUUUUUCUUUAAAACCCGAGCUUAUUUAC